GAGCAAUGCGUCACAGUCAGCAGGUGCUUAGAACAGAGUUCAGUCAUACAUAUACCACUGUCAUGACUUCCAUUGAACUUUGUACACUUGUAUUUUUAUUUUUGUUUUUUUUAAUAACUUUUACUAUUUCCAGAUUACCGAUACGUUUUUAGGAAGCAUGGAGGCAGAAUGUUUGAAUAUUAACAAACAUUUAUUAAAGAUACGAUAUAUCUAUUAGGUGCAGUAGAUCUACAAUACUACGACACUUUUUUUUCUCUCUCUCUUCAAUCCACCAACCACAGCAGACGGGACAUAACUCUUGCAUGCCACGAAACAUUUGAAGCGUCACUUCCGUCAACAUGGCGAUGCCCAUGAUCAAGACUCUCCAACAAGAAAUUUAUUUAUCAUUCGGAAAAAGCUCCAUUGUUGUAAAGGUGGUGGCAGUAGCAGUGACAAUAGGAUAUUUUCUUUCAUUUGCUAAAUCUAUUGUUCCCUAUCUAGCGGUGACUCCCGGAUAUGUGCUCCCACCCAACUUUUGGGUCUGGACUUUCGUCACUCACAGUUUUAUUGAGUUUCACUUUUGGGAAGUGCUAGCAGACAUUGCUGUUUUAAUACUAUGCGGGAAACUCCUCGAGCCGCUAUGGGGCGCGCUGGACAUGCUCAUUUUUCUUGCUGUCGUGAAUACGGGAGUGGCGCUCGCCUCCUCCUUUUUGUACAUAGGUAUUUACCUAGUUACCAAAAACGAAGAGUACCUUUUUGAAACUUACAUCCACGGAAUGGUAGGAUAUGUUGCAGGGUUUAGUGUCGCAGUGAAGCAGGUCAUGCCAGACCACAAGCUGCUAAGUUCCCCGUUUGGAACACUGAGAAACACACACAUUCCAUUACUUCUAAUGUUUAUCACUAUAACUUUGCGAUUAAUCAAUGUAGUGGAUGGUCCGUAUCCUUUCAUGUUCGGUUUUGGUAUUCUGAUCAGCUGGACCUAUCUGAGGUUUUACCAGAAGCACAGUAAUGGGAACCGUGGUGAUAUGGCUGAUCAGUUUUCUUUUUCGAGCUUUUUCCCCAGUCAGCUGCAGCCCAUAAUAGCGAUUGUGUCCAACACAGUAUUCCUGGCUCUGGUUAAAAUAAAGGUCUGCAAGAAGCCCCAGAGGAAAUACGACAUCAGCUCCACUUCCAACGCCACCAUCACCAUCACCCUUCCCGGGACCGACCCAAAUGAUGCCGAGAGGAGAAAAAAUGUGGCCCUCAAACUGCUAAACGAGAGAUUAAACAAAACAGACCAGCCCUCCAACUGGCCAUCGAUGGAUGAAGAGGAGCAGGCCUCACCCGUCUCAACUACCAAGUCAGAAGAUGCCCCUCCCCCGAAAUCUUCCAGUGUCAAACUCCCCAUUCCUGACUUCAAAGAAAACCAUCAGGAGAAGGAGUCUCCUCCAGAGUCAUGACGAUUCAGCUGGCUACAUUCUGUGUGGAUGUGUGUGGGUGUGAGGGGGGGAGGGGUGUGGGGGGGAGCAAUGUUUUCUUAUUUUCUUAUCAAUUAUUUCUUAUGUUAUAUUGUCAUAACAUUGAUGUAUUUAUUAGUGUUUUUGUUACGUAAACAUACUUUUGUUUAUGAGGGACAGAGAGUAUGUUGUGGAAUUUCAGUUGUAUUAAGAUGGUGAUAGAAACUUCAGUAAUAUAUAUCAUAUAUUUAUGAAUUCAACUCCUAUAUGUUUCUUUGUCAAUGUUUUCUUUAUGUUACCUUGUGAAAUUUCUGUUUUGUGAAUCAUUGUGUAAAACUCUUUAACUCGAUAUCAAUAUUAAUAUGUAUUUGUAUUUGUUUUCAUGAUUUUGAGCUAAUUGUGUGUACACCAGCUGCAUUGAUUUUAUCAAGAGCACUGGUUUCUGUAUUGCCUUACAAUUCCAAUUCAUGUAAAACUUUAGAAAAAUAAUAGUGUUUUUUUUUAAAUUGUUUGUUUUGUUUUCAAUUGAAUUUAAAGCGAAAUUUUUGGUUUUCGUUGUUCACCUGUGUUUCACUAUAAUUACUGCCCCCCAGAAAGAUACAAUGUUUGAGGCAAUGUACAUCCUUCAUUACGAACUUGGAUGCAUUCCAACGUCCUCUCAGAAACAGGAGAAGUGCAUGGUGAGGUGGCAAAUGAUACAGAAUUAUAGUGCAUGAUAUGUGGAUCUGCAAGGUCGUGAGUCCCACAGUAAAACAACAUGGAAACCAAUGAAUACACAAAGAAGGAUGUAAAACUGUAAAAUUUAGAUUUCAACAAAAAUUGGCAAGGGAACAAGAUUGAUUAAUCUGUGUUAGAAGGUGCCAGGUUGUUAUCCGACAUUGUGAAAUGGACAAACAUGAUUCUAGAUAUUUACAUGUAACAGCAUUAUAUAUUUAUUUCCAACUGAAACCAAAGCUAUUGUUAUCCACAGCCAUGCCCGUAUUUCUGGUUUUCAUACAAGUUUGUAAUUCACUUGAUCAGUAGAAGACCGCAAGCAAGAUUUUCAGAGAAGAAUUUGUUUGUUGUUUGUAUGUUGAAGUCCAAUUUAAGGUUUUACUUUUAUUUAUUUUUUUAAGAGUUUUUUCAAGGUUACAGUUUUCAAAUUGGAGUACAACUCGAACAUCAGAUGUGAAUCCUGUUGGAUCUUAGUUAAACUAUUGUUUCGUAAGGGAAUACAUUGAGAGGGUUCAAAGUGGAUUAAAUUUAAUUAUAAGUAAAAGCAUUUAUAAUGGAACCUAUUGUGUGUUGGUCCAUUAAUGAGGGGGGGGGGGGGGAUUGCAGAUCUUGCUCCAUCUUGUUUGGAAAUUUUUUAACAAAUUUAAAGGGACCCGCAUAUGAUGCGAAGCUUGGUGAAGUUAAAGACUGAUUGAUUUUCUUUCAUACAAGUAUCUUAUUUUUCAUGUACUUAAAAGUACAGUAUAGACAAAUGUGUAGUCUAUGUGCAGCAAAGAUAGAAAAUGUACUUGUAUUCAUUUUUAUGAUGUAUGAAAAUUAAUGCUGUAAAAAGUGCUAAUUAAUGUAAAUCUUGAAAUAAGAUAGACAGGCAUACAAUAUGAAGUGCAUGUUUAAUUUAUAAACAGCAGUUACAGUAGAUUUAGAAGGAACUUAGAUAAAUACAACAUGUACGAAUACAAGUCUUCUGUGUUUUGAAACUUUAUAAUGGGACAAAGGGACACUGUACUAAUUACUGUAUUAGAUAUCCAUUCAGACAAUGUGUACACCUACAUAUAUAUACUUGUACAUGUAGUGUAUAACUAUGUAUACAGAAUGGUGUUACAUGUAUAAGCUAUGUCAGGUGUACAGGUUAACGAAGGGCAUUGAUAGCUAGUUCACCUGUCAAUGUUGAAGUCUGCACAAAUAUUCUUUUUUAUAUAUCUCAUGUUUUUUUUUUUUAUGAAGCACUAACGCUUUUUUUUUUUACCAAGCACUAGUCUGAUUUUUUAAUAGUAUUUAUUUGUUUAAGUUCUCAAAGGACUUUAUAUGUCAUAUACAUGUAAUCUGGGCCUGAAAAUUGUCUUCAAUUCUUAGAGAGACUGAUUCACAAUUUUCCUCCAAAUUUUGUUUUUCACUUUAAAUGAUCAAAAUCUACAGUCUAAUAUGUUCAGAAGGUUUCACAAAAAAAUUAAGGUUAUUCAUCAUGACACAGAAGCUCAUUAUAAAGAAUUUAUUGUUUGUUUUGAAAACAAAGAUUGAGGUGUGUUAUUGUUUACAAAGUUUUCCAAAUAAAUGGAUAUUGAUCCAAGUUUAUCAUAUACAAAAUGUAUAUCACAUCUGAAGAGUACUUUAGGUAAAAUGUGUCUUUUAAAAGUUAGAAUUUGUGAUUGUACAAAAUGAAGAUGCUUUAAAUUACAAAAUUAACAUUUUA